AUGUACUUCCCAUUCAUCUUACGGUCGCCUCCUUACCAAUCGACCAUUGUAGUCUUAUCCAUGGAAGCAGAAGAGUAUACACUACCGGUCCCCAACACCAUUGAAAUAAAACACAAAGAUUGUCGCAAAAUGGACGACUACGUCAUGUCCUUCCCAGCCACGCAACAUGGCUAUCGAAUGCGCAUUGGUCACUCCCAACCAAAGAGCAGUCCAGUUUCAACCUACGAGUGUUAUCGCUCCGGGUAUCCCAAAGGUCAACCAGCAGCUUUAGGAACGACCAAGUCCCUUCGCAUAGGAUGUCCACUCGAGCUCACCACGCGAUACAUUUACUCAACGUCAUCAUGGAUCCUUAUCCACACUCACGUCGGGCACAACCAUCCACCAGACCCAUCUGUCAAACCUCGCAAGCGGCAUAUUGAUCCAAAGGCACCGCCGAUACUAGCUCCAGGGGUUGUUUGGGAUGCAUCUGACGGCCCUACCUCGACACCAGUUCAAGAUCAAGAUCAAGAACAACAACCUCUCGCACUCGUUUCAAAUCAGUACAUAGUGCCACCUUUACAGGACGAAUGGUUAGCCAUACGACAGAGUAUGCAGGAAACCAUCAUCACUAUGCCCAACAUACUCACCCCUCGGGCCUUGCCUGAGCCUCGUGAUGAGGCCUUAGCUCGUCUGGCAACAACAAAGAAGAAUGUGAUCCAUGAGCAAAAGUAUUGGCUAACUAUGCCCGGGUGGGGCGGAAUCAUAGCAACCACCUUCAAUCGGCCAGUUAUUUACUAUGAACCUGGCAUAUCUAAUAACAGGAUCUUUUUCCCCUACCACACUUCACCCAAUCUCACCCCCCCCAUUGUCAUUAUUUACGCCGAUUUCCACUUUGCCUCAGCCUUGCUGGACUUUACACUGGACCGACUUCCCGUCCCACGCGUUUGCCCCACAUGGCAACGAUUCGCAACAGCCAAAGCUUCAAUUUGGUUGGACGAUUGGAAGUCACUUAUCCAAUUACAUGCAGACUUUCUCAACAAUCGCAAGCCCCGCACCCGCCGCAACCCUAAGGACAAAAAGGUGCCUCAGGAGCCCACUGUGGUUUCUGAUUGA